AUGGAGGACUUAAAGCCCCCCGUGAGUUUUUUCCACAAGUCGUCAUUCAGCAUCAGCAGUUUACUGCUGCGACACGAACGCGCGAGAAGCGACGCGCAGGAAGCACCGCGCUCUCGAUCGGCGAAGCCGCCCGCGCGCUGCCAUCAGCCUGCAGACAAACCUGUCCGGGAGCGCAACGAAUUAGUGACCAGAACCGAGAAAAAAGACGGAGUUGGAGAGCCCAAGUGUGAGGGAACAGAUGUGCCGGAGAAAAAGAGUAAACCCGAUAAGCCUCCGUUCAGUUAUAACGCGCUUAUCAUGAUGGCCAUCCGCCAGAGCCCGGAGCGGCGGCUCACCCUCAACGGCAUCUACGAGUUCAUCAUGGGCAACUUUCCGUACUACCGGGAAAACAGACAGGGCUGGCAGAACUCCAUCCGACACAACUUGAGCCUCAACAAGUGCUUCGUCAAAGUCCCGCGCCACUACGACGACCCGGGAAAGGGCAACUACUGGAUGCUGGACCCGUCGAGUGACGAUGUUUUCAUCGGCGGAACCACCGGCAAACUCCGGCGGCGGUCCACCGCCGCGUCGAGAGCCAAACUGGCCAUGAAGAGAGGCGCCCGGCUGUCCUCCACCGCCGCCUCCGCUGGACUGGCGUUCGCAGGCUCAUUUUACUGGCCGGUCCCGCCGUUCGUGACCCUCCAGCACCGACACUCGAGCCCCGCAGCCGCGCACCACAGCAACUACGCCGCGUCUGUCCUCUCUCAGAGCGCGCGCCACUUCAGCUCCGUCGCUCCCGCCGCGGAAAGGCUUCUGAUCCCGUCCAGCCAAGAGGCCACUUAUUACGGGAUGGGCUGCGAGCAGAUGACCUCCUCCUCCUCCUCCUUCUCCACAUCUGCCUCUGUGCCUCUGCCUCUGUCCGCGCCCUGCUCUUUUAAUUUACUCUCCAACCAGUCCAGUUAUUUUUACUCCCAUCAGGUGCCUCACACAGCUGGACUGUCGGCCUGGUCGCAGGAGGAAUCUUACCUCUCCAAAACAUCGCCUUCGGGACAGUUUUUCCCAGGAAAGCCUUCUCCUUCUUCUUCUGAAUAUAUCGGAGGACUUUGUACAGACAUUCCCAGUUAUUUCCCUCAUUUUAACACAGCCAGCUCCAUGCACUGA